AAAUGUCAAAAGUAAUGUCACUUUGAAAUUGUUGUUCUAGUUUGUUUUGUGAUUUGUGUAUUUCUCUUUUAAUUUACUUACAAAAUUCUCUCAUUACUUUACGACACUUAAUUAUUACGGCUAUCGACUAUGUACUGAAGCCAAAUAUGUUUUCUAUCCGUAACAGCUUAGAACACAUUAGAUUAAUUUAAAGUAGAAUAAUUAUUAUACAUAUGGGUUGUCAUUUUCAUGGUAGUAGCUUUUAAAAGACGGGAUUGAUUGUUCUCUGAUCAUGGGGAUUAUGUACGAAAAGCGUCCGCUAAAAAGGCCGAGACUUGGACCUCCGGACGUGUACCCCCAAGAGCCGAGACAAAAAGAAGACGAACUAACUUCCACAAACGUAAAACAUGGAUUUUCUACAACUCCUCAGUCGAGUGAUGAAUUUGGAACUGCUAGGAAUUACAAUUAUUCUACAGCCAAGAUUGGUCAGUUUUUCUCUGGUAUUUUAUCAAAGAAAGAAGAGUUGAAUACAUUACCUGACUGUGGUAGAAAGAGACAGCAAGUAAACCCAAAAGAUAACUUUUGGCAAGCCACAGCCAGAACUAAACCACAAAUUGAAGUAUGGUUCAAAGAUCUUGCAGGAAACAAACCUCUAGCUCAACUUGCAAAAAGAGCUCCUAAUUUCAACAAAAAAGAAGAUAUUUUUAUCACACUGACUGAGUACCAAGUUCCCAUGCCAAGAGCAGCAUGGUUCAUUAAACUUAGUUCUGCAUAUACUGUGGCAGUUUCAGAAGCUAAGAUUAAAAAAAGACAGUUACCAGAUCCCACUACAGAAUGGACUACUACUUUAAUAAAGUUCCUUAAAGACCAGAUACCAAAACUUAGUGAAUACUACCAGAGCGUAGCACCUGGUAAUAUUUCUGAUAAAACACCUCCUUCACAAUCAGGACCAGGCACCCCAAGUCAUAACUCAUCAGGCAAUGCUCCUGGCAACUCCACACCAAAUUCCACAGUUCCAAACAGCCUACAUUCCCCAGGAAAUUCAGCAAACAUGGGAUCGUCAACUCCUGGGAAUGAAAGCACAGAUUGGCGACAGGCGCUCAAAUUGUGGCACUACUGCUGUCGUCUCGCUAAGUACUUGCUUGAUGAAGGGCUCCUUGAUAGACACGAUUUCUUAACUUGGGUUAUUGAGUUGCUUGAUAAAAGGAUGCCUGAUGAUGGACUUUUAAGAUUAUUUCUCCCCCUGACCUUACAGCACAUGAAUGAGUUUGUGGACUGUGAAGGUCUAUCGCGGAGACUGGCUACCACUUGUGCUAAAAAAGCCGCCGCAAUAUGCUCAGUACUAUCGGAAGCCACACUACGCGCACUAAACCAACCGGCUGUAUUCAACAGACCUGCCGAGAAGAGUACAGAAUCAAACACUCAGCCAAUGUCACCAGCGCCUGAGAGUAACGGCGAUGUAAAACCUAAUAUAGCCCAAAUAAAGCGUUCAGGCACACCAGCAGAGCAGAGUCAGGGCACUCCCAACCCUAACCAUUCAAUGGGCACUCCAAACCCGAACCAUUCUAUCGGAACCCCAAACCCACAGCAACCUAUGGAGGUACAAGGGAAGGAAGACAGUGUAUCACCACCUCGUGACGUGAAGACUACAGUGAACACUGUAAUAAACGCAUCGAUGAACCCAGUUCAAGUUGGGUUCGGUGAAAUCUUGAAUUGUUCAUUUCAUAGAGAUGUCAUCAUCCAGCUUGCCACCAUAUUGCAGGUUAUUUGUGUCGAUUGUCCAACGGCAAUGGUUUGGUCCGGGUGUGGAUCUUCACUCCAAGGGUCUCCCCUGGACUUGCUACCGGUACCACCAUCGUCAUUACCGAUGCCUCACAUGGAUUCUGAGAUAACAGAAGAACACAGACGCUUAGUGUAUGAAGCUGAACAAGAAAUAUCUGCUAGAAGUAAAAAAGCAGAAAGCAAGUGGUGCACCGACAAAUGGCAGACAAGUUCACAAGCUCGAGUGUUGGCUGUGCUGGAGGCACUGGACAGGCACUGCUUUGAUCGCGUCGAUCCGAAUAACAACCUGGAUACACUCUACAAAGAAGUGUUUAUAAAUUGCACGCCCCCUUCCAAAGACGGGGCCAUUGACACGAAAGAUCCGGAGUGGGCGUGUUCGUACGCAGUGGUGCGUGUGCUGUGCGAGUGGGCGGUGUGCGGCGCACGUUGGGGCGAGCACCGCGCGCUCGCCGCCGCCGCGCUGCUGGACCGGAGACAGCAGCAGCUGCAGCACCUACAUCACGACCACCAUGCCACCGGUUCGGAUGACAAAGAGUCUGUGAGUUCUGGCACCGGAAUUUGUAGCGGUCCACCGAUCUUCCAAAACCUCCUGCUACGGUUUUUGGAUAACGAUGCGCCUGUACUAGACGAAAGCCCGAACGCUCCUCCUGGUAAUAGACAACAAUUCGCGAAUUUAGUUCAUCUGUUCGGAGAGUUGAUAAGGCGGGACGUCUUCUCACACGAUGCCUAUAUGUGCACUUUGAUUUCAAGAGGUGAUUUAAUAUCGCCGACCGAGCCCACGUCGACGAUCGGCAACAGUAUCCAAACGGUGGCGCCACCUGCCAGCAGCUCGGGAACCAAUCACAAUGUGAACGACGAAAUCUUCGCGGGAAUCGAUCUGAAACCUAAAAUGGAGGAAAACGUGCGAAUGGACUUGGACGAUUCCAGAAUAGACGACGAUCUCGACAAAUUGCUCCAGCACAUAAAAGAAGAUCAACAGAAUUCUAUGGACGCUCCAGACAGUCCCAAAGACCCCGGCGAAACAUCUCACAGUGUUAAUUCGCCGAUGAUGGGGCCGGGUGGUAUGACGAUACCGGGGAUACCGUCCAUAGGAAUGGGGCCGAUGUCUGUGCCCGGGAUACGCACCGGCAGCGCGGGUCCCUCGAGCGCGGGCGGCUGCGCGGCGGCGUCUCGGCACUACCACUACACCAUGCACUUCCCGCUGCCGCCCGCCGAGCCCGACCACGCGCCGCACGACGCCAACCAGCGCCACAUCCUGCUCUACGGAGUCGGCAGGCAGAGGGACGAAGCCAAACACGCCGUCAAGAAGAUGACUAAAGAAAUCUGUAAGUUAUACUCGAAGAAGUUCUCGAUCGAUGUCGCGGAAGGGGGAAAGAUCAAGAAACAUUCCCGCAGCGAAUUUAAUUUUGAAGCCGUCACGCAAAAAUUUCAAGCGAUGUCGAUGUACGAGCAAGGCGCCGUGUCGUGGGCCGUGGGCGGCGCCGUGUGCGAGGCGCUGGCGGCGUACGCGGCCGGAGCAACCACGUACUUGCCUCAGCCCGAGCACGUGGCCUUCGCUUUAGACCUCAUGGAAAUUGCGCUCAACGUACACGGCCUCAUCGAGACCUGCAUCCAGAUACUAAAAGAAUUGUCGGAAGUUGAAGGAGUAUUAAUAACACGAGGCACGCCCAGCAGUGGGAUCGCGACCCCGCGGGCGUACACGUCUGCACUGGCGCUGUACACCGUCGGAGCGCUCCGCAGAUAUCACUCGUGUCUACUGCUGUGCGUGGAACAAACGUCGGCUGUGUUCGAGCAGCUGUGCCGGCUUAUGAAGUCGGUCGGCAACCCGGACGACUGCGGCUCGGCGGAGCGCUGCGUGCUGGCUCUGCUUCACGACCUGUACAAGGCGGCCGCGCAUCUGUGCCACGCGCCGCACGCCGACACCUUCGCGAACGCAUACCCGAAAAUCAAGCAAGCCCUGUACUCCCCGCUGCAACCAAUACCUUCAAACUACGUAUACAACCCUGAGUUCUUGAGUGACUUCUUCACGAAUCCGCGGAAAGGAAAAAUGGAGAUAUCAUGGGCGCGUCAAAUCGCCGAAUCGCCUUCGAACCGAUACAGCUUUGUGUGUUCAGCGAUGCUCGCCGUUUGUCGAGAAGUUGACAAUGAUCGAGUGAACGAGUUGGGCGUGGUGUGCGCGGAGAUGACGGCGUGGUGCAGCGGGCUGGCGGCGGAGUGGCUGGGCGCGCUGGUGGCGCUGUGCGGCGCGCAGCACUACCCCGGCGGCACUGCGCCGCACCCGCCGCUGUACCCCGACCUGCUGCGCCAGCGCGACCUGCACGACGCCAGCGCGCACGACGCGCUCGCCGUCUUCACCUGCAUCCUCGUCGCCCGGCACUGUUUCUCGCUGGAGGAUUUCAUGCGUCACGCCGCGCUGCCGUCCCUGCUGAAGGCGUGCGGCGGCGGCGGCUCGACCGGCAACCCCGCCAACGCGCCCUCGACCGACACGGGCGGCCGGCUCACGUGCCAUCUCUUGCUUAGAUUGUUCAAAACGGUCGACACUCCACAGCCCGGUUUGUAUUCAGUGUCGACGUCGCCCGGUCCCGGCGGCGCCGCGGCGGGCGUGCGGCUGUCGUGCGACCGCCACCUGCUCGCCGCCGCGCACAAGAACAUCGGCGUCGCACCCGUCCUCGCUACGCUUAAAGCCAUACUCAUGGUCGGUGAUUCGGCGCGUGACGGCGGCAAGAUAGGCAAGAAGUCAUGUGAACUGUCGCACAUACUGGGCACGAGCGACGCGGUGCCAAGCGACGCGCAGCUCGACCUCUUGUCGAUGGUAGAUUCAGAGAUGAGUGGGGGCCAUAGAACUCCUAGAGGGGGCGGCGGAGUUGGGUCGUCUUUGCUAGAUUCGUCGCAGUCGCUUUCCUCGUUUGCCAGGAAAGUGCUAGCGGAAAUAUGCUCCGAAGAAUGGGUGCUGCAGAAGUGCCUUCAGAAUCCGGAUGAGCUGUACCAGACUGGCAUGCUGCUCGAUUCCAUGAUCACUCCAAAACAAGCGCAGAGGUUAUUGCAUAUGAUCUGUUAUCCGGAUUCAGCGAGUCACACACAUCCGGACUUGGAUCAGAAGACUAUGAUCACUCGAUUAUUAGAGAACCUAGAACAAUGGUCACUAAGAAUGUCGUGGCUAGACCUUCAGUUGAUGUUCAAGCAGUUCCCCGGCGGUUCCCCGGAACUGUCGGCGUGGCUGGACACGGUAGCGCGGGCCAUCAUCAAUGUCUUCCAGCAGCCAGCGCCGCCACCGCCAGACAAGGACAGAAUGGGAACAGACCGCGGAGUCGUCAGCACCAGUAAGUGGUCGGACUCUGUCUGGUUGGUGGCGCCGCUCGUCGCCAAGCUGCCUCCGGCGGUACAGGGCCGUGUUCUCAAGCAGGCCGGUCAGAUCUUAGAGAACGGCUGGGGCGCCGGGUGCAGCGGCAACUGUGCGGGGGGGAGCGGCGGAGGGGGAGGCUCUCAUCGGGAUUGUAAAAGCCACCAAAGCCCUAGUUACAAAGGAUCCUCGACGGGCGGCAGCGGCGGUAAGCGCGGCGUGAGCAGCGGCGCGUGCGGCGGCGGCUGCGCGUGCGGCGGCAGCAACGCCGUCAGACUCGCCAACGAGCCCCUGCUGUCCCUCGUGCUCACAUGCCUGAGGAACCAAGAUGAUCAGAAGGAAAGCCUGUUGAGUUCGAUCCACGCGCAACUGCAGCACUACCUGACGCACGCGCGCGACCACGAGCGCUCCGCGUGCAACGACACGUGGCACGACGAGGUGGCCCCCGAGGCGCUGCAGCUGCGCUUCUCGCUGGCCGGCGGGAUGUUCGACGCGAUACGCCGCUCCUACCAGCUCACCUCCGACUGGGCCGUGCUGCUCACUCAGCUGGUCGCGCACCAGGUGGUCGACGCGUACAACAACAGUCUGUGUCGCAGCAACCUCUUCAACACUUUGAUCGACAUGCUGGCCACUCUGAUACACUCGACCCUCGCGGACGGGGGCGACGACAACAACAGGAAACACUACCAGAACCUCAUGAAGAAACUGAAGAAGGAGAUAGGAGACCGGCACGGGCCCUCCGUGCAGUGCGUCAAACAGCUCCUACCGCUCUCUAAGAACACCAUCAUUGAGGUGAUCGCAUGCGAGCCACUCGGCUGUCUGGUCGACCAGAAGGGAAACAAAAUCACCGGCUUCGACAGCGACAAGAAACAGGGACUACGUUUGACGGAGAAGCAGCGCGUGUCGGUGUGGGAGCUGGUGGAGGGCGGGCGGAACCCGGCGCCACUGUCCUGGGCGUGGUUUGCGGCCACCAAGAUCGAACGGAAACCACUCACCUACGAAAAUGCUCACAAAUUACUGAAGUUCCACACGCACAGCAUGGUGAAGCCGCUGAGUUACUACCUGGAGCCCUUGCCCCUGCCCCCCGAGGACCUCGAGACGAAUGAUAAUAAACAGGACAAUGAGAGCCUCGAAUCGAGCCCGACCGGCGCCGGUAAAUCAAGAUCGAGAUCGGUGUCCGGGAAGAAUAUAAAGAAGAUGAAACCAUCGACACCGACAAACAGCUUAAAUGGAAACGGAAUGGCGGGCGGGCCCAGCAACAUGGCGCCGGCCACCGCACAGCAGCCGCAGUUCAUGCACCAACAACAGCAGUGGUUUCCGCCUCCAGGACAAAACUAUUACAACCAACCAGCCGGUGUAAACACCCGCGGCGUCGCCCCGCCCUCCAAUACCCAGUCGAAACAAGCGCUCAGCAACAUGCUUCGGCAACGCGUACCGUUCAAUCAGAUGACACAAAUGCAGCAGGGCACCGGAUAUCCCGCAGCACCGCAUAGAGGUCCAUUCCCGCCCCGGCAGAGCAUUAGGCCGAUGCAACCAAAUCAAAUGGGCACAAUGCAGGCGCAGCAAAUGAAUCCAAUGGGGGGCAUGGGCGGCAUGGGACCGAUGAAUCAAAUGGGAGGGGUACAGAUGCCAGCACAAAUGGCCGGAGGGCAAAUGAGUUCGGCCCCGAUGGGCGGUGCACAAAUGGGCGCCGGACAGAUGGGCGGUAUGGGCGGACAGAUGUUCGGCGGACAGUACGGCGGUAUGCAACAAAGCUACGCCGGCUACGGGCAACAGAUGAUGCAGGGCGGACAGCAACAGAUGAUGUCUCAAGGAAUGGGACAGAGCGUUAGCCAAAUGGGACAACAAGUCAACGCCAUGGGUCAAAGUGUCAAUUCUAUGGGACAGAAUGUCCCCCAAAUGAAUCAGGGUGUUGGUCAAUCUGCACAAAUGCCACAAGGCAUGAGUCAGAUGAACCAAAGCAUGGCUCAAAUGGGUCAACCUAUGAGUCAGAUGGGUCAAAUGGGUCAAGCUACUGGUAUGGGCGGCAUGAAUACGCAGGCUGGUUCAAUGGGUCCUCAAGCUGGCAAUGGCAUGGGAGCGUUCGCUGGACAACAAUCAUUCCAGCAGAACAUGAUGGGUGGUCGCGCCACACAAGAAGCCUAUUUAGCACAACAAAGACAAACCGCUCGACCGCCGUACAUGCAGCAGGCGCCGAACGUGACGAUGGGCGGCAUGGGCGGCCCCGCCCCGCCCUACCCGCGCGGCAUGCAGCCCCAGCAGAGCACGCAGUACCAGCAACAGAUGACGCAGCAACGCAUGCGGCAACAGAUGCUGGCGAUGCAACAGCAACAGCAACAAGGGCCGCUCGUACAGCACCUGCAGCGGCAACAGCAAUAUCAACCGCCCUAUUGAAAAUACACAUAAUCUAUAUAUAUACAUAAAUCAGUCAAACCGGCGUAUGCAAGUGUAUGUAUGAUUUUCACAUUAUCCAGAUCUUAUCGUUAGUAGUUUUACACACAACAAUAUAAUAAGCAUAUAAAUUAUCAAACUAAAACCGACGAUACUGUUACGAUGAGAAAGCAAGCCAAGUCGGUCCCUAUCCGGAUUCGUUGCACUCUUAACGCGAACAGACGGUAGAUGCCAAAAUGCGAUUGUCAAAUGUGCGAAAUUUCAUUGCUAGCAAAAUACUUGGGGUAAAUGUUAGCGCUAGCUAGAUUUGGCAUAGUCGCAUUGCUUGAUGCAAGUAAACCGGAGUAAUGUACCAAGAGAAAAUAGCAAGUACGUUUCUAUUGUUACUGUGUUAGGGUCCGUUCACACAGACCAGCUCGAAGAGCAUCGGCCCGCUGUUUUAUUUUCACACAGACCGGGUCGUCUACGUUUGGGAUUGGCCGGAGUGGAGCCGCCGGAGCAGAGACCGACUGAAAGAGAUCUGAAAGCGGAAGCGCACACAAUCGGAGCCGGGCGGCUCCUCUUAUUAUUUCCGCGUUCAAGCAUUCUUAAGGACAAAUAAGUGUACAUGCAAAAAUAAAUUUUACUACAAUUACCUACUCAAAACUGUUUCCAACGGGAAAAAUCUCCUCUCCGAGCCGGUCUGUGUGAACGGACCCUUAUUAGUCCUUUAUCUGUUCCAAAUUACACAUUUGUUUAAUUAGAAAAUUCUCUGAGUAUUAUACUAGGGUAUUUACUGGCGAUAUGUAUGUACGUACUACCGUGUAUGUACUACCACCCUAUUUGUUUUUGCCACGAUGCGAUCAGGCGUUCCGUCUUGAAAGAUAGGGCUGCCAUUAUUUAAUUACAAUUAAGACCUUACAUAUAUCGAGAUGGCAGCGGCAUUCACCUUGUUGUAUCCAAGCACUAAGGUAAACGCUCAACUCCGUGAAUUCGUCUUUCUGUAUGUUAAUAAUGAAAAAUGAAAUUCGUAAUCCCCUACACGCAUCAAUCACAUACCUAUCGUGAAAAACAGAUUUGUUGUCUAUGACCUUCGAAUACAUUAAUAUUUAAGUAGAUUGGUUUGAAGAACACGUAUUAUUUAUUUUAGUCCGGUUAUUUAAUUUGUAAAGAAUUAUAUUAGAAGUAAGUAGUAAUAUAACAAAUGACCUCUAUUUGUUUAGGUUAAAUCUCUUAGAAAAUUAUGACAUACGAGUACUGUAGAUAGCAAUAGCUUAAUAAUUAACUAAUUUUCUGUAAUCAUAUUUUAGAGUUUAGUCAUAACGUUUGAAAUACGAAAACAUCAAACAUAUUUUGUAAAUAUUUUUUUAGAAAUAAAACUUUUGUAAAAAAUA